ACCUCGUUACCCUGUGUGAGCCGAGCCACCCCUUGGGGACCCAUGUGCAUCAUCUUCUUUAAGUUCGAUCCUCGCCCCGUUUCCAAAAAUGCGUACAGGCUCAUCCUGGCUGCCAACAGGGACGAGUUCUACCACCGGCCUUCCAGGGCUGCGGACUUCUGGGGGAACAACAAUGAGGUCCUCAGCGGGCUGGACAUGGAGGAAGGCAAGGAAGGCGGCACAUGGCUGGGCAUCAACACGCGGGGCAAGCUGGCGGCACUUACCAACUACCUGCAGCCACGGCUGGACCGGGAUGCCCGGGGCCGAGGUGAACUCGUGGCCCAGUUUCUGACCUCAGACAUGGAUAGUUUGUCCUACCUGAAGAAGGUCUCCGCAGAGGGCCACCUGUACAACGGCUUCAACCUCAUAGCAGCCGACCUAAGCACAGAGAAGGGAGAUGUCAUUUGCUACUAUGGAAACCGGGGGGAGCGUGAGCCUGUUGCCCUGGCACCAGGGACCUACGGGCUAAGCAACGCGCUGCUGGAGACGCCCUGGAGGAAGCUGUGCUUCGGGAAGCGGCUCUUCCUGGAGGCCGUGGAGCGGGGCCAGGCACUCCCCAAGGAUGCCCUGGCCGCCCAGCUCCUGGAUGUGCUCAACAACGAAGAGGCGCAGCUGCCGGACCCGGCCAUCGAGGACCAGGGCAGGGAGUACGUGCAGCCCAUACUUAGCAAGUACGCGGCUGUGUGUGUGCGCUGCCCGGACUACGGCACCAGAACCAACACGGUCAUCCUUGUGGAUGCAGAUGGGCACGUGACCUUCACAGAGCGAAGCAUGCUGGGCACGGACCCCUCUUGCUGGGAGACCAGCACCCACGAGUUCAGGCUGCAGAGCUAACCCCCACCCGGUAUGGCCGGGGCUCCCGGGAGGCCCUGUCACAGCCAGGCAUGAAGAAGCUCCCAGUGUGACGCAGCCUGUGCCCCCACCCACGUGUCCAGCUGAGCCAUGGCUAGCCAGGCUCCCAGCUCCGGCACUGCCAACACCAUCUGUCUGCUUCAGCAGGCCACCCCGCACCAUGGAAUGGACCAGGUCCCCACACCAGCGCCUGCCCUGGCCAGGCAGGUCUGCCCUCGUGGGGCGCCGCUAGACUGGGUGCAAAGCCAUCUAAAGAGCCUUUCAGAUGUUUGCUGCUGCCCCAGAGACGGGCCUGCACAGGAAAAGCUUCCCCACACUUGUCAUGGUCCCCUCUGCCCCUGCCUGCCCUGGGCUCCCUGGCAGCUUGGAGCCCCUGAGGAAGGGGCAGCCCAAGACUUGUUUCUUUUGUUAUGGGCUGAGUUGUAUGCCCUCCCAAAGAUAUGUUGGACCCCAGCACCCAGUACCUCAGAAUGUGAUCUUGUUAGGGUCUUUCCAGAGGUAAUCAGAAUAAAAUGGGAUCGUUAGGGUGGCCCCCUAAUCCAAUAUGAGUGGUGUCCUAUAAAAAGGGGGAAACGUGGACACAAGGACAGACAGGCACUCAGGCAGACGCCUGUGAAGAUGAGCUAGGCUGCCUCAUGCCAAGGAACACGAGAAGCUGGGAGAGAGGCUGGGGCACGUCCUCCCCUGGAGCCCUCAGAGGGAGCAGGUCCCUGUGACACUCUGCCCUCAGACGUCCAGCCUCCAGAACUGUGAGAAUAAAUUUCUGUUGUUUA